AAUUCCAUUUAGUUGCACUUUUAAUAGCAAGCCGAGAAGAACAGAGUGUAAAAUUGAACUAAACCGAAAACUCUAUAAACUUUCAUGCAAAAUGGAAAUUAUAGUGAAAUUUGUUUGCUUGUUUUUGAUGUUUACAAUGGUGGAAAUGGGUCAGGAUGUUAGGCCAGAAUUUCCUGAGGAUUUUCCUAUAAAUUCAACAACAACCACGACAACAACAACAACUGAAGCUCCGACUACAAGAACAACAACUAGAGCUAUCACUACAACAACUGAAGCUACCACAACUACAACAACCAAAUCUCCAACUACAAAAACAACAACAGUUCAAUCUACCACAACAACAACUAGGAAAUCGCCAAUAAGAACAACAACUGAAGCUACCACAACAACUACAACAACUAGGAAAUCGCCAACAACAACAACAACAGAACAGCCAACUAUAAUACAAGAUUCAACUGUAGCUUCACCAGUAUCAAACGAGAUUCCAUCCAGUUAUUAUCCCCAAAAUCCGAAUCCAUGGACACCCUGUUAUUUGAAAGAAUAUGCACAGUUUGCUUAUCGAAAACACAGAUGUGGAGGUUAUUCGUAUGGACUCGUAUUAAGCUGCUAUCGAUGCUGUUACCAUGGCCCAAAUGGUUGCUAUAAACUUUACGAUGGAGCGUGUCAGAUGCCGAGCAUUUAUUCUUAUCCAAGUAACUUUUAAAUCCAAUAAACAUACAUAUAUGUAUUGUUACAAAAAUAAAUAUCAAUCAGUGAUUAA